GAUAACACGGCUUUAUUAUCUUAAACGAGCGGAACUGAAAACCAUAUAUACCUCCCUUGGUUCCCUAACCGGUCCAAACCACGGCCUCAGGAUUUCAACCGAUCGUUCAACAGAGCAUACCACAUAACGAGCGAACCCCUUGCAUUAGACAAGAGACCCACAUUGCCGAUGACAAACUUCAACCAAUCUAUUAACGCCCGAGAUUUGUCUUCUCGCCUCGACCGCCUCUUGCAAAACGACACCCUAUCUUUCCAUGGCUCCAUCGCCCAUGACGCCAACACCAUGUCAGGAAACCGAAGAGUCCCCCGAACCGCCUCCUUCGACUCACUCCCACGCUUCUCAAAAUCCUCAACUAUGUCCUCAAUCUCAACCAGCUCAACCCGAUUCUCGGGUCUGUAUGCAUACCCAAGCCGCGCGCUUCACCGCAAGGAUGUCGUGGUCAGUCCGGGCGAGUUCAGUACGCCACGCGUGCCCAGACAUAAUAGAAGGGGCACAGAUGUCAGUGCGCAGAGCAGCAGUGAGAGCCGAAAGAAGAAGGACAGCUUCCAGGCCCAUGCUUAUGGGCGACAUAGUAAUCAAUGGUUGUUCAACGACUUUAGCAUUACUGAUGCUGUUAGAAAGGGAUAUGGAAAGUGUUUUGGACGGGACAACUAAGGUUGAGAAACUACAAAGCUCUUACUAUACUGCACUCUUAUGGGGAAGUGGGGCGAAGGCUAAGGUAUUGGAAUAUGGCAUUCUCCAACGCGGAGAAUACAAUCGGUCACCACUCAACCAUCUUCCUUUUCUUCAAUAUCAUCUCCAUGUUUGC